CACUCCACCACACACAGCAAACAAACAAGAAAUGAAUCGCCGUAGCGCUCGUAUUGCCUCCCGUACGACACCGUACCCCCCCACCAAACCCGUCAAAGCACCACCACCAGCACUCAUCGCGUCCAAACCAGAAUCAACCCCCGCGAUAUCCGCCCCGAUAUCCGCGGCACUCGUAGGCCAAACCGUCGAUACUCCAUUCAAACCUUUUUCGUCAGUCCUUUUAGAUGAAUCGGGUACAGAGGUGGAUAUCGGGUCUGAAAUUGCGUCCACGGGAGUAGUGUUUUUUGUGUAUCCUCGUGCGAAUACGCCUGGAUGUACGAAGCAAGCUACUGGGUUUCGUGAUCACUAUCAAGAGAUCAAGGAAAAAGGAUACAAAGUCUUUGGGAUAAGCGGAGACUCUGUAUCCGCUCUCCAAAAAUGGAAGACAAAAUUGGAAUUACCCUACCAACUCCUUUCAGACCCUUCAUUAGCCUUUAUAUCCCAUUUAGGAUGUUCUAAACCGUCCAAGAAAAUCGUGCGAUCUCAUGUUGUUGUUGAGAAGGGGGGACGGGUUCGACAGGUUUGUGUGGGCGUCUCGCCUGUUGAGAGUUUUGAAAAGGUUUUAAAGGUUUUGUGAUUUGGGUUGGAGGUUUUCGUGAUCGGUUUUUUAGUGUUGAGAUCUCUUUUUUGUUUUUUUUUUUUUGUUGGAUUUUUGGAUUUGCGUAUAUGCUGGCAAGCAUCUGGAAUGUUUUAACGCAAAUAAACAGAAUGUUUUAACGCAAAAUAAACAAGUACCUAAUCUGUCUAUACGAUAUCAGACAUUUUCAGUUAUUUAAAAAACGGCUUUUUAAAAAUACACCAACCAAAAAUGCC